AAUUGAUUGAAGGACAUAUUCGAAAUUGGACAAGAGAACAAGAGGCAAUUUAUGAAGCAGCUAAAUUAAGCGCUGAAAUAUUACAAACUGAUGAUAUUAAUGGUUCAUCAACUGAACAAUCUCCUACAAAACCAAUUAAGAAAAAUUCUCCUAAAUCUCAAAAAGGUGCAAAAUCUAAACGUAAUCGUUCAAUCAGUGGAUCAGAGUCAGAAGAAAGUAUAGUACAAAAUGAAAUAAAGUCAUUAUUAGGCGAUCCAAAUGAAUUUAUUUUACCUGGAUCAUUGAAAGCUGCACAGAGAGAUCAGGAACGGGCUAAAUUGAAAAAAGAUUUGGAAGAACGUCAAAAAGAAACUAAACGUGUCAGGUCAGCCAAAAAGUCUACAGAAAGAGAAAUUUCUCCUACACAGAAGAGAAAAACUUCUGGUAAGCGCAAUAAAUCGCCGCAUCCCAAGUCACCUGUUCAGAAGAACGAUCAAGAUGAUGAGUCGAUCCAACAACAACAGCUCGGAACCAAGAGAACAAUUUACCGGUUACGAUAUUUCCAACUUGCUACCACAUAUAACUGGGGAAGUUACUCAUAUGUUCCCAACUGAUGGGGGUACAAUUAAAACACAGAGAAAUGAAAUUCCAACAGGUCGAGCAAAUUUACGAGUAAGCCUUAUGAAAGAUGGUCAUGUGUUUACUAUUCAUAAAAUUGAUGGUCCACCGGAACCGAAUAUUCCAUAUGAAAAUCCUAAUGAAAUUAAAUUAAAUGAUAAAGAAAAUGAGGAGGGAUGUGAUGGCUUAAAAACUUUUUCAUCACCAGAAUUAUUCAGUUCGAUUACAGCUUGUUUUUCUGAUGGCAUCUGUUUGGCUGUGUCUAGAGUGAACAAAAUUGAUCCACAACCUAAUCCGAAUUAUCAAAUAGAAUCUAAUCAACUGAAUAAAUUUAACAAAAAUAGUGAUAGUGAUAAUAACAAUGACUGUCGAAUCAGGCCAAAUUCUGUCAAUUUGAAUGAUAACAGUGAAACUACACAAAAUAAACCAUUUCAACAUUUCAUACAUCUCUCCACACCUGACGGUGCACAAGUAGCUGUUUAUCAUUGUGUCAAUGAAGUUUCAAAUCGUGCCACUGAUGAGUGUGCAGAAGAAAAUAUCCCUUCAAAAGAAGCAUUAAUUAAUCCAGAAAGUAAAUGUCAAACAAACGAUGGGCAAAAUAAUGCACUUUUAAACUCACAACAUAGUAUAUUAUUGAAGUUAUCGUCAGCCAGAACUUGUGUCAAUGAUAGUAUCAACAUCGAUGACCUGAAAAAAAGGUCUGAUAAAGAAUACGAAGUUACACGAUUUAUCACAUCCGACGGUAUAGUGAUACAAAUUUUAAUGCCCAGUUGCACAUCAUCUGCCUCAUGCGCUAUCAGGAUUCUUUACCCUGACGGAGCAAUUAUGGAGCGUGGAACAACAGUUGCCGAAGAAUUAAGGAGAAAUGAAAAUCCGCAAUUUACAUUGAGUAAUCCACAAGAAGAAAAACAACAAGAAAUUAAUAUUCAGUCGGAACUAGCAAUGCCAAGUGCACUCCAAGUAAUUAAUAUACAGCCAAGAAAAUCAUCAUCUAAGAGGAAAAGUUCCAGGAGGAAAAUUGAAGAGAAAAAAACCGAAGACGAUGCUCGGAAUGAGACAGGCCUAGUUUCUACUGACAUUGCAACCGCUUUGACUCCAUCCAGUACACCGAGAUCAACAACUAAUGAUUCAGACGAUAAUUUACCUUGGUUAAUUACCCUUUUGUCUGGUGAGCGGUUUUGGUUCAAGUUAAUCAAACCAUUUACAAAUAUCGGUAGUUCAGUUGAAGAUACCCCAACAACAAACGCUUCAGAUAGUGUAUCACAUGAGUCAGUGAACUUAGAUACUCUAAGUUCUAAACGCUUAAAUGAUGCAGUGAAAUAUGAAACAUAUCCGAGUAAACCAAUGGAAUCGUUCCGAGCCUAUGAUCCAGCCACUGGAGAAACAUUAUAUACACGGCCUGAAGACAAUUUAAUUGCUGUUGAACCUCAUCCAGAUAGUCCAUUCAAGUUGAUAGUACAACAUGCAGAUGGUACACGAUUAACGCAAAUCUUACUGGCAAGUGAGAAGCUGAAUGAUGAAUGCAAUUCUGUAGAUUUAAAUUCAAAUGCCAACAAACCUCAAAUGUUCAUUCGUACAGAGUGUGUCGGAUUUCCUGCUGUAAUAUUAAAUAAAUCAACCGGCGAGUUUGAAAUAUCUUUAUUUGGUAAAAGUCAGUUUUCAUCAACAUUUCACUUCACUCCGAAAGGUCAUCAUAUAUUACAGCAUUUCAAUGGUGGCCAGUUAAAUAUAAAUCCAGACAGUUCAGUAUAUUACACUAGCCAAUCUCUGGAGAUAGUCAAUCUCAAUGAAUCAACUGUUUAUGAAAUGCGAUCUAAAGACAUGGAAAGUUUGUUGGAGUGCACUGAUCCACACAAAAAUGUGUACACAGUUGACAACUGGGCAAAUUGUAAUGUUCUUCUAACUGUAGGUAAUAAAAAACAUACUGUUGAUGAAGACUUAAAUACUGAAGUCAAUCAAAUUUAUUCAACUGAAUUAACAAAUGAAAACAAUCAACAAAUUGAAGAUUCAUUUCACACUGUUUUACAGAACAAAGACAAUGCUGACAAUAAUGAAAUUAAUGAACCUCAUAAUAAUGAAAUAUCAAAUGAUGGUUGUUGUUUAUAUGAUGAACACAUACCGAGAUUAUUUUAUUUUGAUCCAAUUAAAAGGAUAGCUAUUGAACUCAUACAUCAUGAAGAAUAUAAGUGCUUGCUUCGAAGAGCUCAUAAUAUUCAAUCACCUCGUCAUCACAUAAAUAAAUUGACAAUGGAAGAAAAGUUGAUGUAUAUGAAUACGAAAAGUCAAAACACUUCAACAUCAGAUAGUGAUUUUUAUGAAGGUUUAUACUUAAGAGAACCAAUGCAAAAUAAUCCCAGGGUCUUCGGCCUGACGCUGAUGAAGUCACUAUCCACCAAUGAAACAGGAAAAUACUACGUUCAAGAAAAUAUUAUUCCUGAGGGUUUGAGCAGUCGAGAUUUCCAGACUAUAACACAUUCAUCAAAUUCAAACCUGCAUUCAGAUAUUCGAAAAUUAGGUGAAAGAGCCGGAAAAGGUCUAGAUAUCAUUAUGCCAUCUUUGGAAUAUCUUGGUUUAAAGCUUCCAGAAACAAACGUCACCCUUCUACCGGCCCAAAAAGGCAAAUCGAUAAAACGCGAGAAUCAUAAAUUUAAUGCUUAUUAUCAAGCUCUUCAUGCAAAUGUAAGACGCUUUACUGAAUUCCCAUUAAUUACAUCCGAAAUUAAUCAAAGGUUUUUAGGUGUACUAUGCGCUUACACAGAAUACUACCUCAAUCGUUUAAAUGAAUGGUGCAGUCAACAACCAACAAGAUUAUCAGAAAUUAUGCAAUCUGAAUUAAGAUUGUUCUUGGAUCCAAUACCAACUGUAUCAAGUGUAUUAUCUAGAAAUAAGCAGAUAUCAGAUCCAAUUGAAAAUGAGAAUAUAACAGAUGUAUCCAGUUCUCCUAGUCAACAAACCACUGUCAGUCAAGAAAUAUCUCAACCAACUAACAAAUAUUCGCCAGCUAGACAAGAAGCAUUCAAACUAUUACGUCAAGAGAUUGAGAAAGCAAUGAGAGAUAGAGCAGCACUUAGGAGUACUCAUACACCUAACUACUUUCGGUCACAUGAAGGAAUCGGAUUUUUGCUGUCACAAAUCCCCGAUGUGAAAAAAUUGUCUAAAUUAGUGCCAGAAUUAAGUAAUCUACCAAGUCGAAAUCCUAAACAAAAUGAUAAAUCAACCUUAACAGAACAAUCGACUCUAAUUCUUAGUGAUUCUCCACCAAAUAUACCUAGUCCAUUAUUAAGAACAAUAGAGAAUGAUAAUGAGUUGGUCACGGAGAGAAUAACAGGAAAUACAAAUAAUAGCCAUUUAACUAUGAAUAAACUUAUCUAUAAUGACGGUUAUAAAACUGGAAUCGAAUUGUCAACUAGAGAAACAACAAAAAAAUGUUUUUAUUAUUAUGAUAUUGACCCGUCGCAAAUUAAAAUGAUUGACAAUCACAGUACUCAUGUGCCUUUGGAUGCUGUUGCCCUGGCUAAACAAAAGCAACUUCGAGUGCCAAAGUAUUUAUAUGCUAAAAGACCCAGUUUGCCUAAAUGCAACAACGGGGUAAAUGGAACUAGCCAUGCCACAAAUUUCAAUGUAAAACAAGCACUUAUUGAAGAUCCUGUACGUCGUCGAGCCUUAUUUACAAGUAUUAUUGGCGGUCCACCGUUUGGUCAAUUUUCACUUAGACGAAUGCGUGGUUUACGUCUAACACCAAGUCGCAUUAAUGUUGGUGUGCUACCAUACGGUGUAACCCGUAGUUUUUCAGUGAAAUUAGUAAAUUGGGGUCCGGAAACAGCAUAUUUUAAAAUUAAACAACUACCAAUUCAGAGUGGGAUACGUGUUUUUUAUACUCCGGGACCAAUUCCAGCAGGCUUAUCUCGUCGAUUAACAAUUGAAGUAUCGAAUCAACGUCAAGACCGACUGGAAAGCUACCCAUCUAACCAACAGAUUGAUGACCGAGGACUAAAACAGACAGCAAACCAUGAUGCACCGAAGAAAUCCUGCCAUUCAAAUAUAAAAUGGGAUAUCGAUAAAUAUAAUGAAGAGAAUUCAAAAGAUAUUGAAAAUGAUAACUAUAACAUUGACAAUGACGAAUUGAAAGAGAAAUUAAGUAUAGACGAUAAAAUCAUCACCUUCUCGGAACAUCUUGAAAUAACUACUGACACACAUAUAUUGUAUUUGUUAAUAACAGGUUGCCGAAUUGAAAAUUAUAGUUCAGUACAGUCUUCAAUGCUUAAUGCUAGUGAAGAUAUCAUCAAACCGAGGUUUAUUCAACCUCUCAUGUCGUAGAAGGAAACAAGAAUACUACAUUUAAAAACACUGGGCAAAGACUUUUUUAUAAUUUACUAAUUAGGAAUCAACUUAUUGAAUAAAAUUAUAUUCUUGACGAAAUACUUAUGUCUUCUAUACAUUGAGUAGUAAGAAUUCAAUAGAUAUGUAAUAUGGUACAAUCUGAAAUUCUAUUACAAUGACCCAAAUAUUAUACGUAAAAAUUAUACGUGAAAUAAUUUCAGCGACUGAAAUACAAAUAAUUCCAACGUUUCAUCUGGCAAUCAAUAAAAGUAUUUUUGAUAAUUUUCACUGUUUCCCUUAAGAAGUUAGACCAUUUUGAUAGACAAAAAAUUUCUGUCACUGAAUUUAUUUCAAAUAUAAUUUUUACGUAUAAUGUCUUGUAUGUACUUACCUUAAAUAUCUUUCGAACUGAAUAUUCAAACUUCAACAAAUCUUUAUACAAAUGAUUCAAAUGUUUUCAUUUAUUUUUUAAUUCAUUUAGAAAUUAUUGUCAUAAGUGAUAAAAUAGUUGUACUGAACCCCAG